AUGUCUGGAAUCACUGGGAAUGUGGAUUGCGAGGAGUGUUUACCUUCUACACAUGUUUCCAACAACACGGAGUUCCACCUGCGCCCAUCUGAGGAGGAUGAUGAUGAACUUCUGAGAUACAUCUGGAAAGAGUACCUGCACCCCAAGCAGUACGAGUGGGUGCUCAUAGUGGCGUACAUCAUUGUGUUUUUAGUCUCACUCAUCGGAAACUCUCUUGUUUGUUUUGCAGUGUGGAAAAACCGUCACAUGCGUACGGUGACCAACUACUUCAUCGUGAAUCUGUCAUUCGCUGACGUCUUGGUCACCAUCAUCUGCCUGCCUGCCAGUCUUGUGGUCGACAUCACAGAGACGUGGUUCUUUGGAAAAACUCUUUGCAAAAUUGUGCCUUAUCUUCAGACCAUUUCUGUUUCUGUAUCAGUCCUGACCCUGAGCUGCAUCGCCCAAGACCGUUGGUAUGCGAUCUGCCACCCUCUGAUGUUCAAGAGCACAGCCAAGAGGGCUCGCAAGAGCAUUGUUGUCAUCUGGGUCGUGUCGUGCAUCAUCAUGAUCCCUCAGGCUAUAGUGAUGGAGUGCAGCAGCCUGCUGCCGGAGCUCACAAACAAGACAAGCCUAUUCACAGUGUGUGAUGAACAUUGGGGAGCUGAGAUCUACCCUAAGGUGUACCACACCUGUUUCUUUAUUGUCACAUACUUUGCCCCAUUAUGUCUGAUGGUCCUGGCGUAUAUCCAGAUUUGUCAUAAGCUGUGGUGUCAACAGAUUCCUGGAAACACAUCAGUUAUACAGAGGAAGUGGAGGUCUCUGCAGUGCUCUGCUCCGGCGUCGGGGCCAGGAGAGUCUGUGAGGGUCAGGACCAGCACAGUUUGCGCUGAGAUCAAACAGGUCCGAGCCCGACGCAAGACAGCGCGCAUGCUAAUGGUGGUGCUCUUUGUGUUUGCCCUGUGCUACCUGCCCAUCAGUGUGCUCAAUAUCAUGAAAAGAGUCUUCGGGACCUUUAAGAACACAAAUGACAGAGAAACUGUGUACGCAUGGUUCACUUUCUCCCAUUGGCUCAUUUAUGCCAACAGUGCAGCAAAUCCCAUCAUCUACAAUUUCCUAAGUGGGAAAUUUCGUGGAGAGUUCAAAGCAGCCUUUUCUUGCCACUGGUGCGGCCACAGCGAGAAUCGAACACAGAAGACACCGAUGAGAAUGAGCACGGGCAGCCGCAAAUCUCUUUCAACCCAAGUGAAUAACAUGGACAAUGUAUCACGCAUAUCAGAUCAAAUAGUGUAGUUUAAUAAUUCAGGUGUAGACCUCUUGCUUCUAAUCCAUGCCAUAAGAGACAUACUCCUUCUACAGGUUAAUAAUCAAACCUAAUGUAUAAUCAACCUGCUUUUUAAAAACAGGGAUGUAAAUGGAAAAGACUGAAAUCACUUUUCGCCAUGUUUUAUUCACUGGACGCUAUAAAAUGAGGG